UUAGGGAUGGCCAUACCCAUUGGGUAAUGGAUACCCGACCCGACCCGAUCCAAAUAUUUCGGGUAAUACCCGAUUCUUAACGGGUAGAACUCAACCGGGUAGGGUAUGGAUAUUACCCGAAUUUUUCGGGUAAGGUAUGGAUAAUAUCCAUACCCUACCCGAAAAAAAAAAAAGACCUAAACUCUCUCACCGUAACUCAGUCUCACUCUCUCUCUCUGCCUCUCCAGUCCUCACCGUCACUCUCUCUCUCUGCCUCUCCAAUCUCCGCCUCUCCUCACCGUCACUCUCUCUAGUCUCCGCCUCUCCUCGCCAUCGUUUCCGCCCCUACCUUCCUCCAAAUCGCCGAUCGAGUUGAAAACCUCCUCCACGCUGCCUACAUGUCUACCACAUCCUCUGCCUCAGCCCCAGCCCCAAGGCCCCCAACUAGCACGACAUCAGAAUCACAAUCGUUGUUUGGAGAGGAAGUUGAGUCCAUUCCGGUUGAGAAUCCACAACAACAAGGCACUAAAAGAAGAAAAACUUCAGACGUAUGGAAUCAUUUUAAGAAGAAGAAUAUUGAUGGGAAAGUUAAGGCUCAAUGCAACUACUGUGGAAAACUUAUGGCUGGAGCAAGUACAUCAGGGACGACUCAUUUAAAACUGCACAUAGCAAAAAGUUGUCCAAGUGCUCCGAAGGAAGCAAGUCCUUCGAGGGAAGGAACGGAUAUUAGGAGGCAAGUUCUUGUCAAACAACACAAUAAGGCAAGAAGUAAAGGGAUCUCAAGCCCUAGUGUUUUUAAUGAAGAGGAUCAAAAGGCUUCGAGGAGGGACCUUGCACGAAUGGUCAUUUUGCAUGAGUACCCUCUUGCAAUUGUUGAUCAUGUUGGGUUUCGGGAUUUUGUUGGUGGUCUUCGGCCAAAUUUUAAGAUAGUAGGAAGAAACACAUUGAAACGAGAUAUCAAAAAAAUUUAUAAUGAAAAGAAGCAGAAGACUAUGGUAGAAAUUGACAAGAAUGCAAGUAAAGUUGCAAUCACAACGGACUUGUGGACUGCAAACAACAGUAAGAGGUCAUUCAUGGUAAUCACAGCUCAUUAUAUAAGUGACUCUUGGACUUUGGAAAGCCGGGUUAUAAGGUUUAUUCGUAUGCCAUCUCCACAUGAUAAGUAUUCUCUUUCUAAAAUCCUUUUGGAGUGUCUUUCUGAUUGGAACAUUGAUUUGAAGUUAUCUGCCAUAACUGUAGAUAAUGCUAGCAACAAUGAUGGUAUGAUGAAACUUGUUUUGGAUAAGCUUCAAGCUAGUUCACUUAUUUUAGGUGGAAAAUUGUUGCAUGUGCGUUGCGCAGCACAUAUUCUGAAUUUGGUUGUUCAAGAGGGUUUGAAUGUAAUUGGUGAUGGUAUUGAGAAGGUUCGAAGUAGUGUAUAUUUUUGGACUCAAUCACCAAAAAGAACAGAAAUUUUUGAAAAAAUAUCUCGCCAAUCACAUAUUGCAAGUACUAAGGAAUUAGUACUUGAUUGUAGGACUCGUUGGAACUCUACAUAUUUGAUGCUUUCAACUGCCUUGAUUUAUAAAGAUGUUUUUCCACGUUUACUAUGUUGUGAGCCUCAAUAUCAGUCUGCUCCAACUAAUAGGGAUUGGGAGGUAGCACAAAUUGUUUGUGAGAAGUUGGGUUAUUUUCAUAAAGUUACUGAGUUGCUUUCUGGUACUGCCUACCCUACAGCUAAUCAUUAUUUUCCUUCAGUCUUUCAGUUGAAGUUGGAAUUAAAUCAGUGGCUUUCAAGUGAAGAUGAGUUGGUUAAGAAAAUGGCAGGAAAGAUGUUAGCUAAGUUUGAUAAAUAUUGGAGUGACGUUCAUGAUAUCAUGAGUUUGGCUAUUGUUUUAGAUCCAAGAUAUAAAUUGAUGUUAUUGACCUUUUAUUUUAAUAAAAUGUAUGGUAGUAAGGCUAACGAAGAAAUUGACAAGGUUAAGAACCUUCUUUUUGAGUUGUUUGCGGACUAUGACUUAGAAAGCAUUGAUAGAGGAGUAAUUUAUUCUCAAGUUUCAUCUUCUACAUCUACAUCAAGUGCUGCACAUGAACAUGAUGAUACAAUGAGGGACUAUGAUUUAUUUGUUAGUAAUGCGACUGCUAACAUAGGCCAAAGGAGUAGGGAUAUUAUAUCGGAGUUUGAACUUUAUACUAGUGAGAAAGUGGCACCUAGAACUGAACAAUUCGAUGUUUUGGGUUGGUGGAAGCGUAAUGCUAGUAAGUAUCCUACCUUGCAACGCAUUGCAAGGGAUAUUUUGGCUAUUCCUAUGACAACCGUUGCCUCAGAGUCGGCUUUUAGCACUAGUGGGAGAUUGUUGAGUCCACAUCGUAGCCGUCUUCAUCAUGAUACCUUAGAAGCAUUGAUGUGUGGGCAGAAUUGGUUAUGGAGCGAACUUAAAAGUGUAUUAAAAGAUGCUACCAUUCAAAACGUUCUUGAUGAUUAUGAAGAAGAUGAAUUGGAGGAAAGUCAUGCCAUGGAGCUUUCAGACUAAUGGAUAGGACCAAACUCAAGCAAACUGAGGUGGACUGUGAGUUCCUGAAAAAGUGCUAUGAAACACUGACUGAUGAAAAUAGAAGGCUACAAAAAGAGCUUCAAGAACUGAAAGCAUUGAAACUAGCCCAACCCUUGUAUAUGCAUAUGCCAGUCAACAUGAUGAUACAAUGAAGGAGCUAUUUGUCAACUCAAAGUUAUAAACUUCUUAUGCUUUCUUUUCUUAUUUGCAAUUUUUAUGUUUUGAUAUAUGAAUGUGUUAUGAAAGUUUAGAUAUGGUAUGACUCUAUUAUGAUAUAUAAAUGAAACUUUCUUGGUUUCCAUUUAUCACA